GUAAGACGGGUGCACAUAAGAAUGCCAUUCUGGAAUUUCAUUCGUGAUGUAUUUGGUGGAAAAAAUUCGGAAGAACCCAAAACCAGUGGGUUCUUCGACUGUCGAGAUAAUUGUGACAAGAAUGACUUUAGAAACCCAAUUUGGCAAGAUUAUGUGGAUGAUGAUGAUGAAGAUGAUAUUAUGUAUUCCAGGAAAGAUACUCACUUCCAAGUCCUCACUGAUCCAUUACAGAUCAUGAAAUACUUUGAGUUAGAAAUGGACAAUAUAGUAAAAAAUUUUUUCUUUGGAUUCAAGACUGAAGGACAAAAUUCAUUUAUGAAUGCACUUCCAUUUACACCUCCAGAAGGAGAAAGUUUACGUGACAAAGUGUUAAAAUCUCAUGAUGAUAAUUCUAGUCAAGUGGAGCCAAAAGUAGAUGUAGACUUGGAUGGAAAGAUUACACCAGAUAAUUUUUUCAAUGACUGGCAUCAGAAUACUGAACCAACAUCAAAAACACUCAUACCUUAUCAAAAUGUAAUUGGAAGCUCUAUAAGCAAAGUGUUUGUUCGUAAAGCUGAUGGUACAGUAGAACAGGAAAAAAUAGUCAAGGACAAUGAAGGAAAUGAAGAAAGAACUGUAUCAAAACAAAUUGGUGAUAAAUUACAUAUUAUUACUACAAGAAAAGAUAAAAAUGGAGUAGAAACUAAAACAGAAAAUAUGGUUGAUAUAGAUGAAAGUAAAUUAGAAGGAAACAAGCGGUUACCAUUAAUCCUCCCUGAUAGUCCCCAUAAUUUUAAUUGGAAUUACUUUCCUUGGGAAAAAUUUUUUAAACCAGAUCCAAAAUUGUAG